AACUAAGAAGAAAAAUUGGAGUAGUCCUAAAGGGCACCACCUUUUCUCAGUGAACAAAUGAAGACUGUAACAGCACACUGCUGAGUACAUUAUGGGGAUUUUAAUCACAGCUUUGUAUUUAAAUCAGAGACACCUUUUAUACAUCCUGCAAUUUUUAAGCAAAGCAUACAACUAGAAUAGAGUCCAUUACUCAGAUCAUACAAGAUUAAAAACUUACUUCAGACUUCCUGUAUGUGAAAAUUUGCAUAAACAGCCUUUGAAGAAAUUAGGCUGCAAUUUGGCAAUAUUAUCAACAGCAGUAAUACUUGAAGCAUAGUUCUGGACCCUGUCAUUUAAAAAACUGUGGUAUGUCUAUCAAUCAUAUGAAAAUGUCUUUUGAGAGAUGUAUUCUACCUUGCAUUCUUCAGUAGGUCCAGGGCCCAGUGUUCCCCCAGGAGAAACUCUGUCUUUAGGUCAGCAUGGAAGGCACCAAUGGUCUCAGCUCUGUACCUACAGAGUUACUUUCCGGUUGCUGAAGUAAGCAGUCUGAACAAAUGCUGUCCUAGCCUCUUGGAGGAGAAGGGGAGGGAGCCCCUCCAGCGGUACGAAGGAGGGAUGAGGGUUUAUAUGCUGCUGUUCUUGUCCUCCCAUGAGAGGAGACAUUUCUUUCCUGCUGUCACUGCUCAAAGUGUAAGCCAGGAUACAGAAGGCCUCGUGGCGCUGUGUAUUUAAGACUUUAAGUUGAUCUUAUUUCUUGUGUGGCUGUACGAUCCCAAGGAAUUAAAGAUGUUUAUCUGGCCAUACUAUUACACAGUGGCUUGCAAGCUGCCUGGCAUGUUCUGCUGCAUAAUAUGGAGGGGGGCCAACAUACUGUUUACAGCCCUGAGCCAGAACUGACCCUGCUGAUCUGCCCAGACCUGCCAGGAAAAGCACUGGGGACAUGUUCCCUUAUCUACAGACAUAGCAGUGACCUGCAGAAAGUAACACGUUCCUACUGAAUAGGUGCCAGAAACCAGCUGCUUUGCUGGUUGGAGAUAAGUGGUCUUAUCUCCUCCUCUUCUGCCUCUCACCUGUUUUUUUACAUCCUCUGCUUAUUCCUGCUGUCUGCAUCCUGAAGAUUUUUAGGCUCAGUGAAAUUCUCCCUCUGGUCACCCAUAGCUGAUGACUUAUCCCAAAUCAAGUCCCCAGGUGGUCAGCCAAGCAAGAACCUUACUGAAGGGGAGGCAAACAACUGGUUUUAAUGGCUUUAUCUCCGGAAAAAGACAGGCAUCUUAAUCACCCAUUCCAGAAGAUGGCAGACUUGACAGCGCUAUUUUUGCUUGAAAUUAGUAGAACUUUCCUCCUGCCUAAUCCAGCCUCUUGAUCAUUUACUUCUCUUGCUCAACUAGAUUCUUGUAUCUGUGGACAACCUGGGCGUUGUGCAGUGGCCCAUUACUCUCCCAAAUGGCUGUGGUGAAGAAGCUGACCUUUUCCUUUUCUUCCAGUGCCGGGGUUCUCUUAACCAGAGGUCAUCCUCUUGUUCCUGUGAAGUUAAAAAAAAAAAAAGGAGGAAUUUAUCAUCAGCAGCAUAUCUCGGCUAAUUUGUCCCUUUUAUAUCAAUUGCUAAUUCCCUUCUAUAGAAAGUCUAUAUAGAGGCAAAAGUCAACUCUGCGUGCAGACUGCUUUUCAACUCCAUGGUGUGUAGAGAAGGAGAAUUACCUCGGAUCAGGAGGUCACCUUCUGUUUUCUCCAGGAGUAUUACAGCUGGGUUCCUGCCUCGGUCCGCUCUGCCUGAGGGAGCUGUGAAAGAGGAGUUUGGCGGACUGGGAGCUGCUGUGCAGGGUCCCUCGGCAGCAAGGAGCGGGGACUCCCGUCCUGUUGCUUCUGAAUGGCAAAAGCAAAGCAGCGCAGCAUCCUGCCGCUGACAUAUCCAAAUGUGACGGCAAGCUUGCCAGGUGGCAACGGAUAUCCUUUUGCCUUGUUCCAGCGCUAUUUCCUCUUCCAGAAGGAGACCUACCUCAUUCAUCUCUACAAUGUGUUCACAGGACUCUCAAUUGCUUACUUCAAUUUUGGGAUGCAGUUCUUUCAUUCCCUGCUAUGUGUCCUAAUCCAGUUCCUCAUACUGAGACUUAUGGGUCGCACAAUCACUGCCGUCUUCACCACGUUCUUCUUUCAGAUGACAUACCUUAUGGCUGGAUAUUACUUCACAGCCACAGAGCAUUAUGACAUCAAGUGGACAAUGCCACAUUGUGUCUUGACGCUCAAGUUGAUUGGUCUGGCCAUCGAUUACUAUGAUGGAGGAAAAGAUCUGGAGUUCCUGACCCCUGAGCAGCGGCGAUUUGCUGUCCGGGGAGUUCCUACCUUGCUGGAGGUCUCAGGAUUCUCCUAUUUCUAUGGUGCCUUCAUGGUGGGGCCUCAGUUCUCCAUGACAGACUAUCAGAAACUGGCAAGGGGUGAGAUGACUGACGUUCAAGGACAGAGACCCAAUAGUUUUGUGCCUGCUCUCAAGCGCCUGAGUUUGGGUCUCUUGUUUCUAGUAACCUAUACUUUGUCAAGCCUGUACGUCUCUGAUGAAUACCUCAUCUCAGAUGAUUAUAUGGAGAAGCCUUUCUGGUUCCGUUGUGGUUACAUACUGAUCUGGGGCAAAAUUAUACUCUACAAAUACGUAACCUGCUGGCUUGUUACGGAAGGUGUCUGCAUCCUUGUUGGUCUGGGGUACAAUGGAAAGGACCAGAGUGGAAAGCCUUUGUGGGAUGCCUGUGCCAACAUGAAAGUCUGGCUGUAUGAGACAACACCUUUGUUCACAGGGACCAUUGCUUCUUUCAACAUCAACACCAAUGCUUGGGUGGCCCGCUACAUCUUCAAGCGUCUGAAGUUCCUGGGUAACAAACUGCUGUCGCAGGCACUGGCCCUGCUCUUCCUGGCCAUUUGGCACGGGCUGCACUCUGGCUACCUGGUGUGCUUUCAAAUGGAGUUGCUUAUAGUCAUCGUUGAAAGACAGAUCAUAAACCUUGUUCGGGACAGUCCUCCCCUAAGCACUUUGACCUCCAUCACUGCCUUGCAGCCCAUCUUCUACGUGCUGCAACAGGCUAACCACUGGAUGUUUAUGGGUUACUCUCUGGUGCCAUUUUGCCUUUUCACCUGGGACAAAUGGAUGAAGGUGUACAGGUCUAUUUAUUUCUUUGGCCAUGUGUUGGUCUUCAGCUUAUUAUUGGUGUUGCCUUACAUUCGCAGAUUAAUUGUGCCACGAAAAGAAAAACUAAAAAAAGCAGAAUAACAGCCAAAAGAUUGUACCACCUGUGCAUUUCUAGGAGUUGAUUUAACACUCCGGAAUCAACGCAUCACCUGCCAAGUUUGCUGUGUUGAAGUAUGACUUUUUUUCAACGUGAGGAGGGGGAAAGAGAAAGCACAGGGUCAGAGACCCGAAAGGAGGGGAAUGGAGUAAGCCUCCUUCCAGAGCCUCCACCUUCUGUAUGUUGCCUUAUCUCUCUGCCGCCCUCCAGUGGACACUCGUGUCUCUCUGCUGGUAUCAGAUGAUUGUAAAAACACUCAACGCAGGCACUGUAUUGGAUUGGAGCCACCUUCUGACUUUUCUACGUUUGUCAUCCAAGAUAAAAAUUGCUCCUGGUCUUUUUCA